UCACAUUCAUCCCAUGCACUGCCAAUGUUCCUCCCCGAAAAAACGAAAAGAAAAUCAUUCUCUCUCUCUCUCUCUCUCUCUCUCUCUCUCUCUCUCUCUGCGAGAAUGGUGUUUUCGCUUUCGUCAAGCUAGCCACUGCAUGAUGUUCCGGUCCCCAACCCCAACCCACCGCUUCUAUUUCUCGACUUCAGAAUUGCCCAGCUAGCUCCCGCUGCUGCUUCAGCAAAAGCUAAGUACUCAGAGAGAGAGAGAGAGAGAGAGAGAGAGAGAGAGAGGAUGGGUUUUCUUCAACACCUGCUACUGCUUUCGCUAAUAUCAAUGGCGUCUUCCAAAAGCUGCAGGGGCAGCGAAGACGCUCCGCUCCAACUAAACGACGACGUGCUGGGCCUGAUCGUCUUCAAAUCCGGAAUCCACGACCCCUCCUCCCACCUCCAGUCUUGGAACGAAGACAAUGACUCUCCUUGCUCUUGGAAAUUCGUAAGCUGCAACCCCCUUUCCCGCCGAGUCUCUCAACUCUCCCUCGACGGCCUCGGCUUGUCGGGGAAGAUUGGGCGCGGACUCGAAGGGCUUCAACACCUGAAACUCCUCUCCCUCUCUUCCAACAAUUUCAGCGGCACCAUUAGCCCCAACCUUUUCCAAAUCCCCUCCCUUCAAACCCUCAACUUCUCCCACAAUAGCCUCUCAGGUCGGAUUCCAACCUCUGUUCUGAAUAUGAGUUCAAUCCGAUUUCUAGACCUUUCCUACAAUUCCCUCUCCGGCCCCCUACCGGACUCUCUGUUCCAGAACUGUUCCUCCCUCAGAUACCUUUCCUUAGCCCAAAAUUCUCUGGAGGGCCCAAUUCCCAGUACUUUACUGCAAAGAUGUGCCUCUCUAAGUGGACUCAAUCUAUCCAACAAUCAUUUUUCGGGUAGCCCAGAUUUCGCUAUGGGGAUUUGGUCACUGAAUCGCCUUCGCACAUUGGAUCUUUCCAACAAUGAGCUCUCUGGGUCUGUGCCAGAAGGAGUGCCGGUCUUGCAUAACUUGAAAGAGCUCAAUUUACAGGGGAAUCGCUUUUCCGGGCGAUUGCCUUCCGAUAUUGGGUUUUGCCCACACUUGAAUGUGUUGGAUUUAGGAAAUAAUCUGUUCAGUGGAGAGCUUCCGGUCUCUCUACAGAAGCUAAAUUCUCUGACUUUUUUGAGAGUGUCGAAUAACGCGUUAACUGGUGAAAUCCCUCUCUGGAUUGGUAACAUGAGCAGCCUGGAAUACUUUGAUUUCUCCGGAAAUGGUUUGUCGGGAACCAUUCCAUUUUCAGUCGGUGACCUGAAAUCGCUGAAACUUUUGAGUUUGUCUGAUAACAGGCUAAUUGGUGACAUACCAAUGUCACUGCUUUACUGCCACAAUCUUUCGGUGAUUCGGCUGCGAGGAAACUACUUGAAUGGUAGCAUCCCAGAUGGUUUGUUUGGUCUGGGUUUGGAGGAAAUUGAUUUAUCAGGAAAUGAGUUGACUGGACCCAUCCCGCCCGGUUCGAGCAGGGUUUUCGAGUCGCUCUUGAAGUUGGAUUUGUCCAGGAACCGGUUUGCAGGAUCCAUUCCUGUUGAAAUGGGUCUCUUCUCUAGGUUGACAUACCUGAAUUUGUCAUGGAACAGUCUCCAAUCCAGUAUGCCGCCCGAACUUGGGUACUUGCAGAAUCUAACAGUGUUAGAUCUUCGGAAGAGUGGCUUGUAUGGAUCAAUCCCGGCGGACAUAUGCGAUUCUGGGAGUUUGGGCAUUCUUCAAUUGGAUGAAAAUUCUUUCACAGGCCCCAUCCCCAAUGAGAUUGGCAAUUGUUCAUCUCUAUUCUUGCUGGGCUUGUCCCGUAAUAACUUGAACGGAUCGAUUCCAAAAUCCAUUGCAAUGUUGAGCAAGUUAAAGAUUCUGAAUUUGGAGUUCAACAUGUUGAGUGGAGAGAUACCAAUGGAGCUUGGGCGGUUGGAAAAUCUUCUUGCAGUGAAUAUAUCCUAUAACAGGCUUGAGGGCAGGCUUCCAGUUGGUGGUGUUUUUCCAAGCUUGGAUCAAAGUGCUCUGCAAGGAAAUUUAGGAAUUUGCUCACCAUUGUUGAAGGGGCCAUGUAUGAUGAAUGUUCCAAAGCCCCUUGUCCUCGACCCACAUGCCUAUAACAACCAUGUGGGUGGUCGUGAUCAUGACGGAAGAAAUGAAUCUUCCAAUUCCAAGGAAUUCCAGCACCAUAGGCUCCUCAGCGUUUCCGCCAUUGUUGCAAUCUCUGCAGCUCUCGUGAUUGCGGUCGGAGUCAUGCUCGUUGGCCUACUCAAUGUUUCCGUUCGGAGGAGGCUUGCUUUUGUUGACACUGCAUUGGAAAGCAUGUGCUCAAGUUCUUCCCGGUCGGGGUUUGUCGCUACUAUGGGAAAAUUCGUUCUGUUUGAUUUGAACACAUCACAAGAUUUGAUCAGCAUCAAACCCGAAUGCCUAAUUAACAAGGCUGCUGAGAUUGGCAGUGGAGUCUUUGGAACAGUUUAUAAGGCCUCACUGGGGCGAGGAGAGAUGGUAGCGAUUAAAAGGCUGGUUACAUCAAAUAUAAUCCAAUAUCCAGAAGACUUCGACCGAGAAGUUCGAGUCCUGGGAAAGGCAAGACACCCAAAUCUCAUAGACCUCAAAGGGUACUACUGGACUCCUCAAAUGCAGCUCCUGGUGUCAGAUUAUGCACCCAAUGGGAACUUACAAGCCAUGCUGCACGAAAGGCCCCCUUCUUCCGCCUCCCUUCCAUGGCCUAUCCGGCUCAAAAUCCUGCUUGGAACAGCUAAAGGGCUAGCCCAUUUGCACCAUUCCUUACGCCCGCCCAUCACACAUUACAACCUCAAACCAAGCAACAUUUUGCUUGACGAGAAUUACAACCCGAGGAUUUCAGACUUCGGGCUUGCAAGGCUUCUCACAAAGUUGGACAAGCACGUAAUUAGUACUAGAUUUCAAAGUGCACUGGGUUACGUCGCACCAGAGAUGGCGUGCCAGAGCUUGAGGGUGAACGAGAAAUGCGAUAUUUAUGGAUAUGGAGUGAUGAUCCUUGAGCUUGUGACGGGUAGAAGGCCGGUUGAGUAUGGAGAAGACAAUGUGGUGAUACUGGGAGACCAUGUAAGGGUUCUGCUGGAGCAAGGGAAUGUGUUGGAUUGUGUGGAUGGGAGCAUGGGGGAUUACCCAGAGGAGGAGGUGUUGCCGGUGCUCAAGCUGGCUCUGGUGUGUACUUCUCAGAUACCUUCAAGCAGGCCUUCAAUGGCAGAAGUGGUGCAGAUACUGCAGGUCAUCAAAACCCCCGUUCCCCAAGGGAUGGAAAUAUUCUAAUUUAAGAUUUAACCAAGAGAAUUUAAAUUGAUCGAGUACCGCCAGCCUCUCUCAUGGAUCUUCUCUUGAAAAAUGACUAUGUUAAUAUGCAAAAAUUUUAUGAAAUCAUUUCUUCUA